CAUCAGUCAGGAACCCGUCAAGCAACGCAGCGAGUCUACCUAACAUACUUGUAGGUCGAAACACAACGACACAGCGGUGCUGCUGGAGUUGUUUAUGGCUGCCGACUCGAUGCGGACGUUUGGCAAUUUGACACAUCCAAGAAAGCAUUUCGCAUUAGCGGGAGGUAGCGAAAGGUAAUCAUUAUCGUCGCUUCGGUAGGGGACGCAACUAAGACCGUGUGGCACCACUGGGCACGCGGCUAACUUUUAAGCGUCCAAAGCGUAGAGGGAAUUUGAACUUCAUCGACCGCGAGUGAAAAAUGCUCAGCAGCAAAAGCGGCCUGUGAACUCGGAUUUUUCUCUCUCUCUCUCCCGUGGGAAGGGCCACACAGUUUACAUGGAGCUUUUUACUGUUUUCGCCUUGGAUGUCGAUGGUGGAAAAAUCUGUAGUACAAUAUCCACCAAAGUCGGCUAUGCUAACAAGCUAGCCACGCUAGGUACCUGUUAGCUACAGUGGUUGUACAUUUUCACCUCUCGCCAAGUUUAUCGCUGUAAAAGCAACUGGAUUUGUAGUACAUAGGUCGACAUUUUAUAAGUAUUUAAACGAAAUUACGCUCCGAAAAAGUCCAUGGCCAUUUUUUUUCCACACCCGAGUGACUUGUUGGCUGUACUAAAGAGGCUAUGUCGAGUUUGAUUAUUUUUGGUUUGCCCGUCGAAGAUCGUUUCCAGAAAAGAGCAAGCUGAACAUAAGAUGCCGCGUCCUCAACACCGACACAGAAUGUCGGAUCACGCUGAGUAACGUCGCAGUUUUUUUGUUUUUGUUUUUUUUUUGACAGGAGGCGAGCGUCAAGUUGCGCAGGUUGCUCCACAUUUUUGUGCGGAUGCGAACGCUCGGGGGGAGGGGGGGAAACACACCGCGGAGAAGACCUUGUUUUUUGCAGAUUUGACAAGGAGGACUAAGGCGGUCCUCCUCAGGCUGUCCUCGGCUCCCGCGUCAAAAUGUCGGCCAUCUCUGCAGCAGAGAAAGUGGACGGAUUUACGAGAAAGUCUGUCAGGAAGGCCCAGAAACAGAGAAAAUCUCCAAGCUCGUCUCAGUACAGGACUCAGACCGCCCCGGUGGAGCUUUCCUCGCUGCCUCAGCUCAAAGACGCUCCCUCCACUGAGCAGCAGAAACUUUUCACCCAGAAACUCCAGCAGUGCUGCAUGCUGUUUGACUUCUUGGACUCUGUGACGGAUCUGAAGAGCAAGGAGAUCAAGAGAGCCACAUUGAAUGAGCUGGUGGACUAUGUGUCCACCAACAGAGGAGUGCUUGUUGAAUCUGCAUACCCGGAGAUCACCGCUAUGAUAAGCACAAACAUAUUCCGUACACUUGCACCGAGUGACAACCCAGAUUUUGACCCGGAGGAGGACGAACCCACUCUCGAAGCUUCAUGGCCUCAUAUCCAACUCGUCUAUGAGUUUCUAUUGCGAUUUCUUGAGAAUCCGGACUUCCAGCCCACUAUUGCGAAACGCUACAUUGAUCAGAAAUUUGUACUCCAGCUUCUGGAACUGUUCGACAGUGAGGAUCCAAGGGAAAGGGACUUCCUGAAGACCAUCCUGCAUCGGAUCUACGGAAAGUUCCUCGGAUUACGAGCCUUCAUCAGGAAGCAGAUUAACAACAUCUUCUUGCGGUUCAUCUACGAGACUGAACAUUUCAACGGAGUUGCCGAGCUCCUAGAAAUUCUGGGAAGUAUCAUCAAUGGGUUUGCGCUGCCUUUGAAGGCGGAACACAAACAGUUCCUGAUGAAGGUGCUCAUCCCGUUACACACAGCCAAGGGACUGGCCCUCUUUCACGCUCAGUUGGCAUACUGUGUGGUUCAGUUCCUGGAAAAGGAUCCAACACUAACUGAACCGGUGAUUCGAGGCUUGCUGAAGUUUUGGCCCAAGACCUGCAGCCAGAAAGAGGUGAUGUUCCUGGGUGAGAUUGAGGAAAUUUUGGAUGUCAUUGAGCCUACACAGUUCAAGAAAAUCCAAGAACCGUUGUUCAAGCAGAUCUCCAGAUGUGUGGCCAAUCCUCACUUUCAGGUAGCAGAGCGUGCACUGUACUUCUGGAAUAAUGAGUAUAUUCUCAGUCUCAUCGAGGAGAACAUCGACAAAGUCCUCCCCAUCAUGUUCUGUAGCCUGUACAGAAUCUCCAAAGAGCACUGGAAUCCGACCAUCGUAGCUCUGGUCUACAAUGUACUGAAGACGUUGAUGGAGAUGAACUGUACACUCUUUGAUGAGCUGACCUCCUCCUAUAAAUCUGACCGGCAAAGGGAGAAGAAGAAGGAGCAGGAGCGCGAUGAGCUGUGGCGGAAGCUGGAUGAGCUGAGGCUCAGCAACAGCACUCUGAAACAGAACAACAGCCACAAGCUCCUCAGUGUCCAGAACAACAACAAGAGUAGCAAUAAUAAUAAUAAUAACAACCAGGACAGGGCCGAUUAUGCUUCAAACAUGGGUCACGGCAGCCAGUGAGAGCAACCCACGUGCCAAAAGAUACUUCUGUGUUAGCUUUUAACACGCGGCUUUAAUGGAUUUGACGCCGUGUGCACGGCUGUCGGGAAAGGAAUGAACAAAGAUGGGGGGGGGGGAGACAAACGACACCUCAGCGUUCUGUGCCUCACAGAAAAGAUUUGAUGUUACUGGCAGUAUAUUGUUGAGUUGUCUGCUCUUGUUGUAUUCAGUGUACAUGUUCCAUAGUCGUUGGGAGGGGGGAGAAAAAUGACUUGAAUUCAGCAUCUCAGAUUGUUUUCUGCAACCAGCUGAGUCGCUCAACAAAGAUGUCUAUUUUGUACUGUCGUCGCUGCCAACACUCGUGCGCCGACUUGAGAGGUGCGGGCAAACGCAUUGUGGGAGUAUCGAGGAAGGCGGGGCUACACCCCACCCUAAGACAUGCUGAAAUGUACACAAAAGAGCCUCCGUUAGUGAUCUCGAUCAAACCAUCACGAUCAACACACCAAUCAAAUAUGUCUACGACUUGCUCUAGUGUGGGUUUUUUUGGAGUUAAAUAUUGUUCUUCACAGUUAGCUUCACAUUUCAGGUCUUUUUUUUUUUUAAAUCUGGGAGAAAUCGUGAGCAGCACAGCAGUUUUUGCUAUGAGUAUUUACACUGAAGUAUCGACACAGAGCUUUUAAUUGACACCUUUUAAUGCGGGUUAGGAACUCCGUUCAUAGGUGCUUGAUCAUGUUGGGGGAUGCUGAGAUGCUGCCAUAAUCUCUUUCAGGUAAAUGUAUACAUAGCCGUUAGCUUAGCAUAAAGCGAAAUCCACAAUGCAUCUGUUUUGUUUCAAACUAUACUCAAGUGUCUGUGCCCCUGUUAAGUGUUUUUUGUUUUUUUUUUUAAGAAAAUUAAGUUCCCCUUAUUCAAAGAUGUUCAGCACACAAUAUGGGAUGUAUUUCUGUCUUGUCUAACUACAGGCAUGGACACAAGUAUUUUUUUUUUAUUUUGAAUUAUAUCUGUAAAAAAAUAUAUAGAAGCAAAAAUAAGACAUACAGUACUAUAUUUUUCCAAAAUGUUUUUGUGGUUGGCAGUUCAUUUUGAAAAUGGACUCAGCGGGGACGCUAGGCAGGGAUGAUUGUACAGUAUAUUUGUCGAGCGGUUGUUUGUAAUUAGGGAUGCACCAAUACUGUACCACUUUUUUCAGUACGAGACAGCAAAGCUAAUUUAUUUGCAUAACGCAUGAGGGGAAAAAAAAGGUUUAUCAUGAAUUUAGAAACCUUCACAUUUGGGUCACCGCAUUUGGAAAUGUAUUCCAUUUUUGUGCGGCAUAAUAGCUAAAUACCGCUUCAUCAUGUUUGUUUUGAACCCUGCGGUCCACUAUUUGACCCGAGUCAGUCGAUCUCAGCGCCACAAGGACGUAUAUUUGAGUAUUUACUGAUACUGAGUAUCGGUACUUGAUGAUGCCAUUACAUCUUGCACAUGUGAUGACAAUGCCUUUUAUAUUUGAAACAAAUAUUGUUCCAAAACAAAAAGGUUUCACUUAAUGUGUGUAACACAAGGUAUUGGUAGAAGUGGCAGUAGAAGUAUUUCAUUUCCUGCAAGAGAUUUGUCAGGCCGAUAAAGUGGUAUCGUACUAUCAGAGUAUUUUUUUUUUACAAGUACAGUUUCGGUCCUGGUCUUGGUGCAUCCCUAAUUUUUCUGCUAGUUUGGAGGUAACAGAAGGACAACGCCACUGUAUUUAAAGGGGACCCAUGGGGUUAUACGACGUUGUUGGUUCAUUUUUAAAUGUAGUUGCAAAGUGUUAAUGUAAAUGUACAGUAACAUAACAGCGGUCCCACUUGUAAUAUAAACGUUUUUUUUUUAAUAUACUGUCACGUCCAUAUGGUGAUAGUUUGUCAUGUGGUUGACAAUUUUAGUAGAGAAAUGUAGAGUUCUGCGCUCGGUCCGUUGCAGGCUGCUGGAAUUUGGCCAAUCAGAUGAGAGCGGGCUUUUUGGGGAGCGAAGUCCUUGAAAAAAUAUUCCACUAAAUCUAUUUCUUUCCCCUCACAGGGUGUGUGGAUGUGUGUAUGUAUGUGUGUAUAGAAACGCACAUACAUAUAUACACACAGUAUAUUCUACAGUAUAUUAUAAAGAGUUUUAAGAUUCAAUCGUAAUGCACUGCUGGAACUGUUCAAUCUUCACUGUAGUGCUGUUAUUGUGCAGGAACGGGAACUUGUCAAAAAAGAAAAAAAAAAAAAAGAAUUUUCCAGAUUUCCUCUCAUUAAGCUGUAUUAUGAAGUAGUGAAACGAAAAUAAACACUUGGUUGUAUUGAGAAGUAAACUUUACUAACUGUUCUUGCUCGUACGCUUUUCUCCUCAAGUAGAUUUUAUUCCUCCCCACCUCCCCCCCGCCCUGUGUUCAUUUUAGAAACACCAAGAUCAUAUUUGACAUGCCUUUUCUUUUUCAACUUCAAAUAUUUUAGUCCUGGUUUCUCUGUUGCCUUCUUGUCAGUACAGCAUUCCAACCUCUGAUGUUUAAAGUAACUUUUCGGGUGUGAACGGAUGUUUUGUAAUCGCGGAUAGAUUUUUUUUUCUUUCUUUUGAGGUUUCUUCAUAAAAUAAAGUCCACUCUAUCUUUCUA